AUGUCGUUCUACAAACGCAAAGAUCCACCCACCUCUUCACCCGAUGACGCAAAGAAACCCAAGAAGAAUGGCAGUCUUACUUCCUUCUUUGGUCCUCCAAAAGUCACGCCGGUAGGCGGAGCGAAUUCAACAUCACAGGCCCUAGUGUCGAGCGAGCCUCCAGCACCGAAAUUCGACAAGGACAAGUGGGUAGCAGGUCUCACGGAUGAGCAGAGGAAGCUCCUCAAAUUGGAGAUUGACACACUGGAUCCAAGUUGGCUGGCUGUAUUGAAAGAGGAGAUUGUGACACCGAGCUUUCUGGAUCUGAAACGGUUUUUGCAGAAGGAGAUCGAUUCCAAGCAGAAGAUCUAUCCGCCGUUGGAGGAUGUCUACAGCUGGUCGCGGCAUUGUCCUCUCCAUCAAGUCCGCGUCGUGAUCCUGGGCCAAGAUCCGUACCACGGUCACAACCAGGCGCAUGGUCUCUGCUUUUCCGUGCGACCACCCACACCCGCACCGCCCUCACUAAAGAACAUCUACACCGCGAUAAAGAAGGACUACCCAAGUUUCAACCCACCGCCCAAGAACGGCGGUCUUCUUACUCCGUGGGCGAACCAAGGGGUCCUCCUCCUGAAUACCUGCCUGACCGUGCGUGCCGGUCUGGCCAACUCGCACGCCAACCACGGCUGGGAGAAGUUCACUCAAAAGGUUAUCGAUACCGUUGUCAAACUGCGCACCCGCGGCGUGGUGUUUCUGGCAUGGGGCAAUCCGGCGCAGAAGCGGUGCGAAAAGAUCACGGGGGCGCGCCAUCUGGUGUUGAAAAGUGUCCACCCUUCCCCGCUCAGUGCGAGCCGGGGCUUCUAUGAUUGCGGACAUUUCAGAAAGACCAACGAUUGGUUGGAGACACGCUACGGGAAAGAGGGGAUCAUAAACUGGGACUUGGAUGUGCCGCAGCAAGCCAUCAAGGCGCCAGCGGUGGAGGAGCCGAUCAAAGUUACAGAGACGCAGAAGGAAGAGCCCGAAAACUCUGGACCGGCCACGGACCUGCCUGAGAAGAACAACGGAAAGAAAAUCGUGCAGCAGGAAGAGUUUGACGGGGAGGAUGACGAGGACGCUAUUGCCGCUUUGGAGGAGAUUGCGGCAUUGGAAGCAGAGGCAGAGGCGGGGGACAAGGUCAAGGUCUAA